AUGGAAAGAACUGGAAAAAUUCAAACCAUAAAGGGUUUAAUUGAAAAUUGUGAUUUAGGUAUUACACAUAUGCAUGAACAUAUUUUUAUAAAUUAUUUAGAUUAUUUUCAAAAGCCAACAGAAAAUGAAUUAAAGCAUUAUUGUUGUAUGGGUGGUGGCCAUGAACACAAAACAGUGGACGAUCUUGCAAACGAAAAGAUUUCAUUAGAGAAUGUUUAUUGGGUCAAUUAUAAUUAUAAUAAAAACUUACAUAAUUUAGAACUCAAUGAAAUGGAUGUUGCUUUAAAAGAAUUAGAAAUGUAUAAAAGAAAUGGUGGCAAAACUAUUGUCGAAGUAACUACAGGUGGUAUUGGUCGUGAUCCAAAGAGAUGCUUGGAGGUUUCAGAAAAAACUGGUUUAAAUAUUGUUAUGGGUGCAGGUUAUUAUCUUGAUAAAUCAAUAAAGAAAUAUGUAGAAAAUAAAACAGAAAAAGAAAUGGAGGAUGAAAUUGUUAAACAAUGUUUAGAGGGUUUUGAGGGUACCAAUAUCAAAGCUGGUAUCAUUGGUGAGGUAGGCUGUUCCUAUCCAUUAGCUGAAACCGAAAAGAAAUCAUUAAGAGCAUCAGCAAGAGCUCAAGCUAGAACUGGUCUUGCCAUCACAGUUCAUCCAGGAAGAGCACAAAGAGCUCCUCUCGAAAUUCUUCAAAUCUUAAAGGAUGAAGGUGCUGAUUUAUCAAGAGUUGUAAUUGGUCACAUUGAUCGUACCAUUCAUGAUGUUAAAAUUCUUUUAGAAACUGCUGCAACAGGCUGUGUCUUAGAGUUUGACUUAUUUGGAAUGGAGAUAUCUAAUUAUCCAUUUGGAGGUGAAGUCGAAAUGUGCUCAGAUAAUCAAAGAAUCGAGUGGAUCUACGAAUUAAUUAAAGCAGGCUAUGGUAAAAACGUCGUUAUUUCUCAUGACAUUUAUACCAAACAUCGUUUAUCUAGCUUUGGUGGACAUGGUUAUCAUCAUAUUUUAUUCAAUAUAAUCCCAAGAAUGAAAAAAUAUGGUUAUUCAGAACAAGAUAUCAAUAAUAUUUUAAUAGAAACACCAAAAAGAUUAUUAACAAUUAAAUAA